AUGUAUUCUACAUCGAUGAUCCUGUUAGAGGACAGAUUGGAAAGUUGUCCAAGAAGGGAAUCAUCUCGAGUUUGGGACUUUCCAGACGCUUCAGAUAUGAUUAUUGAUGUUGAUGUUGCAAACCCGGACCUUAUUGAGUCAUGGAAUGAGUACCAUUGGAAGAAAGCAACAAAUGAUUUUGUGAACGAUGAUGCUCGCCAAGGUUAUGUUGAAGAACUUGAUCUUGAGAAUCUUGUUUUACUUCUUCAAGUUUAUAGAUUCUUAGGUAGUAUAUCACCUUCAUUUUGUGUCAUCUUCGAGAGUUUUUUUGUUGUUGUUGUGUUGACAGUCAUGGAUAUGUUUAGAGAAGGAGGAUCUACCACCAGACCUCCCAUGCUUGAAGGGGCUAACUAUCCUUAUUGGAAAACAAAGAUGAGAGCUUAUCUUAAAUCUGUAGAAGAACGAGUUUGGAUGGCUGUUUCUGAGGGUUGGACACCCCCAGCUGAGCUUGUUGGAGAUGUUGAUAUUGCUAAGGCUGCGAGCAAGUGGACGACUGAUGAAAUUGAGAAGGCCAAUUUUAACUCUGAAGCUCUCAAUGCCAUUUUCAAUGUUGUUUCCACUAAUCAGAUGAAAGUGGUUGCAAAUUGUGAGAUUGCUAAGGAAGCAUGGGAUAAGUUGAAGAUCAAGAAUGAGGGUACUUCGGCUGUCAAGAAGUCAAGACUGAGAUCUUUAGCCAGAGAAUUCGAAAAUCUUACCAUGGAUGAAGAAGAUUCGAUUGCUGAUUUUCAUGCGAAGUUGUGUGAUAUUUCGAAUGAGUCCUAUGCUCUAGGAGAGACCUACUCAAACGAUAAGCUUGUAAGGAAGGUUCUUGGGUCUCUUCCAAGAAGAUUCAAAGCCAUACUCACAUCUAUUGAGGAAGUUCAUGAUGUUGAAGAUAUGGAUCUGGAUGAACGGAUUGGUUCUCUGCAGAAUUAUGAAUUAACCCUAAAAAGAUGGAGUAAGGGAAAGAAAGUGAAAGACAAGGAAACUGAGAAGACUGGAGGUAGCUUGGCUUUUGUUUUAAAGGAAACUCGUGACCAAGAAGGAGAAAUGUUUGAUUCUUUAACAGAAGAGAAAGUUGCUCUCCUUACUAGGAAUUAUGCGAAGUUUUUAAGAAAGAAUAUGAGGAAGAAUACUUUUAACAACAAAGAGAACAUCUUCAAGAAGAAUUUUCCUACUAAUCAGAAAACGAGUCAGAUUCAAGACAAUAAGAAUAGGGGGAUUCAGUGUAGAGAAUGUGAUGGGUAUGGACACAUACAGGCUGAAUUUGCUAACACUCAGAAAAGGAAGAAGAAGGCCCUUGUUACAACGUGGAGUGACAGUGACGAAGAGAAAGAUGGGAGUUGCAGUGAGUUUUCAGAUCAUGAGAAAAAUGUCAUUGCUUUUCUGGCCAAAGAAGAGGAAGUUGAAAAUGAAGUUGGGGAUAAUGAGAGCAGCUGCUCUGAAGCUGACAGUCUUGAUCAGCAAACUGCUUAUGAGCAAAUGUAUCAACAGUGGCUGACUAUGGUUCAAAAAGUUAAACUUCUUGAAGAACGAAAUUCCUCUCUUAACAUGACCAACUCCAAGCUUGAAGCUGAGAUAAAACACUUGACCGAAGAAUUAGAAAAGAAGGAAGAGAAGUUGUAUGCUGUUCAAGCUGAUCUCAUUCGAGCCAAACAAUCUUUGGAAUCAAUACCUCCAGGAACAGCUGCCUUAAAUCAUCAGCUUCAUCUUCAAAAACCAUAUGGAGACAGGACAUCUAUUGGUUACAAGCUGUUAUACAAAAAGGGAGACAACCUUACCAUUGGUGAAUCUCUUGGUUCAUCUGCUGCAGAUAAAACACACACUGUUAUUGAUGAUUCUGGCAGUCAGAGGAAUGGAUCUAAUAUCAUAAAAUCUCAUAAUGAACAGAAGCAGAAGUUCAUUCCAAUUUGUCAUUUCUGUAAUCGUCGUGGCCAUAUUAGACCGAGAUGUUAUCUGCUUCAAUCUUAUCUUAGAAAGCUUGUAGGAAGUCAAGUUAGUACAUCUCGAUCAACCCUUGCUGAAAGAAAAGAGUAUAAGGAGGUUUGGAGACCAAAGCUAACGAGAUGCUCUCUGGAAGAUAAAGGUGUUUCUGUUCUAGUAGCUCAUACAUCUCUUUCUUCUUUUAAGGAUGAUCAGUGGUACUUUGAUAGCGGAUGCUCCAAGCACAUGACUGGCAACAAACAGUUGCUAAAUAACUACAAAGAAGGGACAGAAGGACUGGUCACUUUUGGAGAUGGCAACAAGGGAGCAAUUCUAGGGAGAGGCGAUCUUGUGCUUAAAAAUCUUCCUGUGGUCAAAGAUGUGCUUUAUGUGAAGGGACUGAAAGCAAAUCUCUUAAGCAUAAGUCAGCUAACAAGGUCUAAUGAUAACUGCUACAUUCUGGACAAUACUGAAGUGUGCUCUAGAGUUUCAUUAGAUAAGUCUGACUUAUGGCAUUAUAGACUUGGUCAUCUGAAUUACAGAGAUUUGAGGAAGUUGGUUAAACUUAAGGCUGUGAGAGGGGUUCCUGAUUUCAAAGUUAGCAGAGAACAUGUGUGUGGUCCUUGUCAGCAAGGCAAACAAGUGAGAGCUUCUCAUCCUCCUAUUAAGAUGCUUCUCACGAAUAGAGCUCUUGAGUUGUUGCACAUUGAUUUGAUGGGUCCUAUGCAGACAGAGAGUCUCAAUGGAAAAAGAUAUGUGAUGGUGUGUGUUGAUGACUACACUCGAUAUACCUGGGUUCAGUUUAUUCGAGAGAAGUCAGAUACCUUCGGAGUGUUUUCUGCCUUGUGUUUAAGACUUCAGAAUGAAAAAGUCUUAAAGAUAGCUAAAGUGUUUAGACUCAGGAGUGACCAUGGCAAAGAGUUUGAAAAUGCUUUAUUCGCUGAAUUUUGUGAUCACAUGGGCAUUGCACAUGAAUUUUCUGCUCCAAAAACUCAUCAGCAAAAUGGAGUUGUAGAACGCAAGAACAAAACUCUUCAAGAAAUGGCCAGAGUUAUGCUGAAUGCCAAAGGGAUUUCUCAAAGAUUUUGGGCAGAAGCUGUUAACACUGCAUGCUACAUUAGUAAUCGUGUGCAUCUCAGAACUGGAACUACUCAAACAGCUUAUGAAUUGUGGAAAGGUAAAACUCCUAAUCUGAAUUACUUGAAGAUUUUUGGUUGUACCUGCUAUAUUUUGAAUGAUAGAGACUAUCUUGGAAAAUUUGACUCCAAGAGUGACAAAUGUAUGUUUCUCGGAUAUUCUCCUAAUAGUCGUGCAUAUCGUGUGUUUAAUAAACGAACUAACACUGUCAUGGAGUCUGUCAAUGUUCGUUUUGAUGACACAGAGGAUUUGUCAGAUGAUCUUGAUAAUGAUGAGGAUGGUUCAAUAUCUGCCUUGGUACCUCAUUCACAAGUUCUCAUGCCUAAUAUUUCCAGUUCACCCUCAUCGUCUUCCUCUACUGAUCAUACAGAGCCAUCUGGAGAAUCUGAAGAUGUGGUUGUUGAUAGUCCAUAG